UCUCUUUCCACUUCUUCUUCUUCUUAGAAAUUGAUUCUUCAUUCCUCUUUUCGAUCUCUUCUUAGUUUUAACAGCUUUCUUCUUUUGCUAGCUUGAAAGGGUUUUGUGAUAUAUAUAUAAUAUUUUUGAAUUCUUCAAACUUAUACAUAUUUGAUUUCAUGGAAGAGCCUAUUGUGGUGAACAAAGGUGAGGAGCCUUUAGAUUUGCCUCCAGGUUUCAGGUUCCACCCUACCGAUGAAGAGAUAAUCACUUAUUAUCUCACUGAGAAGGUGAAGAAUAGCAUUUUCAGUGCAAUUGCUAUUGGAGAGGCUGAUUUGAACAAGUGUGAACCUUGGGAUUUACCAAAGAAAGCCAAGAUAGGGGAGAAAGAGUGGUACUUCUUCUGUCAAAAGGAUAGGAAGUACCCAACUGGGAUGAGAACCAAUAGAGCAACAGAAUCUGGGUACUGGAAGGCCACAGGAAAAGAUAAGGAGAUUUACAAAGGGAAAGGGAACCUUGUGGGGAUGAAGAAGACCCUCGUGUUCUAUAAAGGGAGAGCUCCAAAGGGUGAGAAGAGCAAUUGGGUCAUGCAUGAAUUCAGAUUGGAAGGCAAAUUUGCUAGUUACAAUCUUCCUAAGGCAGCAAAGGAUGAAUGGGUUGUCUCAAGGGUUUUUCACAAGAACACAGAUGUCAAAAAGUCCUCAAUUCCUGGCCUUUUGAGGAUAAACUCUAUUGGGGAUGAUCUUCUUGAUUAUUCUUCACUCCCAUCUCUCAUGGAUCCUCCUUAUGGCAACAACACCAACACCACCAACAACAACAACAACAAUGCUAACCCACUUUCAUCAACUAAAUUAUCACAAUCAGAGGGCUAUUAUCUUCCCAGUUUCUCCAUCAACAACAACCACCACCAGCUUCUCAUCAAGCCAGAAGACCACCACAACCACAGAAUCUAUGAAUUUCCCACAAUUAACUUCACCUCCAACCAAACCAAUCUCAGCAGCAACAACGUUAACCCAAUGGGGAACAACAACACACUCUCAUCACAGCCCUUAAACAUGUUCUCAGCUGAUUACUAUGUACACCAAAACAGGAUCAAAAGCUCCAUCAUGCCAAGUGUUGCAGGCUCAGGUUUUGUUAGCGACAACAAUAACCAUGAUGAAGCUAUCCUAAGAGCAUUUGCAGCCAAGAACAACGAGCACAUACAGUGCAAGAUGGAGCAAUUUUCUUCUAACCACUCACAAGACACGGGCUUGAGCAACGACAGAAACACAACUGACACAUCCUCGGUGGUUUCGAUGGGAAGAAAUAAUAAUAAUAGGGCACUGUACGAGGAUCUUGAAGGCCCUUCUUCAGUUGCACCUCUCUCAGAUUUGGAAUGCCUGCAGUGGGAUGAUGACUACUGAAGAACAAGAUAAGAGAAUUGAAUUGAAUUAUAUAUAUAUAAAAAGCAAGUUUGCAGAUCCAUGGUUUUUUUCAUUGUGGGAUCAUAAGCAUCGUGCAUAGUAAAUUAGUAAUCACGUACCCUUUUUUUUGUUGGAUUUUUAAAACAGUCUUCUACAUACUGAUUUUAAUUAUCAUUAUAAACAUGAUCAUACACAUCAUUAGGACAUCAUCAUAGGGAAAGUUCUUGGGUACACAUACACUGUAUAGAUUUAUGAUAUCCAGGCCUUUUCGGUGUUAGUUUUUUCUUUCUAUUCUUCAUAGUUUAUAUCGAGGGGAAGGACUUGAUGAAUCAUGUACAUCUAUAUUCUUUUGUUAUAUUAGUGGGUUUGUUUUUUUAUUCUUUUCGUUGAAUUUUUUAGCUGCGUCAUAUAUUCCAAGUUCA